CAUGGCCUCAGAAAGCCUAAUAUUUAUUUAAUUUUAGUCGGUCUGAUGAUAAUAUUCACACAUUGUCAUGUCACAUGAUGUGUACCCCUUGUCAUCUGUAAAGAGCGCACCUCGAGAUCUGAAACCGUUCCAAAUUAUAGAAUGAUUAGUAUAGAAAACGAAGGUUUUUGCCUACAAGAAUUGCACGUUCCUAAAGGCAAUGACAAGUGCUUACUUCACAUAUAGGUCUGAUUCAUCGUUGUAACUGCUGACGGCAUACAUCUGUAGGCUACUGGUUCAUUGCCCGUAACAAUAGAAUUGUAGCCUAGAGUUCAGUUGUAGGCUAGCCUAUCCAAGGUCCUCCCAUGUCCUUGUAGGAGACAUGUCAAUUCCAAGUCUCAACAAUAUGGACACAUCGUAUUUACAGUUUGUGUCUUCCUAAAAAUAUGUAAAUAUUUACUGAAGCCUUUGCCUAAAAAAUGUAACCCUCUUCAAAAUAUGAAUCUGUUUUUAUAAAACCGCACCCUUAUGUUAUGCCUACCAUUCCUACACAUGUACCUUAUCCCACCACAUGGUUGUUGGUGGAACCUAGCUGCAGGGACGUUUGCCUCGCCAGACUUGGUCAAGUUUUGAUUUGCCUCGCCAGACUUGGUCAAGUUUUGAUUUGCCUAGCCAGACUUGGUCAAGUUUUGAAAUCCGAUAGGGGGGAGCAGUUUGGCCAGCUGAUGCGCGAAAGGCUAAAAAUAAUCACCUCCAAUAUACGCUGUGUGGUUACUGUCUCCAAAAAACCAAACAACGUGAAUGAAACCGCGUCAAUAACGACACUUCUCUGAGGCUUCUCUGGACCUAUAAGGUGGCAUGGCUGGCCUGUCGUUCUGUGGCAACAAUGUGACCAAGAAUGCCUACAGUGUGGAUACGGGGAUGUUGAACAAUGGCUGCUUCGUGGACGCCCUCAACCUGGUCCCUCACGUCUUCCUGCUCUUCAUCACCUUCCCCAUCCUCUUCAUCGGCUGGGGCAGUCAGAGCUCUAAGGUUCAGAUCCACCAUAACACCUGGCUCCACUUCCCUGGACACAACCUGCGCUGGAUCCUCACAUUCACUCUGCUGUUUGUCCACGUCUGUGAGAUCGCUGAGGGGAUCGUCUCCAACAAACAGAUGGACACCAAUCACCUCCACCUCUUUAUGCCAGCGUUUAUGGGCUUCAUAGCAGCCACUACAUCUGUGGUGUACUACCACAACAUAGAGACCUCUAACUUCCCCAAACUACUGCUGGCUCUGUUUGUCUACUGGGUUCUGGCGUUCAUCACCAAGUCCAUCAAGCUGUGGAAGUUUGCAGAGCACGAUGUUGGAGUGCAGCACCUGAGGUUUUGUAUCACAGCCCUGCUGGUCGUUCUGUACGGACUCCUCAUGGCUGUAGAGAUCAACGUCAUUAGGGUCAGGAGGUAUGUGUUCUUCGCCAACCCCCAGAAGGUAAAGCCUCCAGAGGACCUUCAGGAUCUGGGUGUGAGGUUCCUCCAGCCCUUCGUCAACCUCCUCUCCAAGGCCACAUACUGGUGGAUGAACCCCCUGAUUAUAGGAGCCCAUAAAAGGCCCAUUGAGCUGAAGAAGAUAGGCAAGCUGCCCAUCGCCAUGAGAGCCCUCACCAACUACCUGAAGCUCAAAGAUGCCUAUGAUGAUCAGAGGCAGAAUACCGAGGACCAUGAGAAAUCUCAGUCCAUCUGGCGCUCUAUGUACCGGGCGUUUGGCAGACCCAUCCUCCUCAGCAGUACCUUCCGUUACCUGGCUGAUCUGCUGGGCUUCGCCGGGCCGCUCUGCAUCUCUGGCAUCGUCAAACACCUCAACACCGAGCCCGUCAAGGGAGGGAGUGUGGUCCGCGAUUUCGACGUCUACUUCAUGUCGUCCACUGAGCUGCUCCAGAACACGUCAGUGCUGGCUGUUCUGCUGUUCCUGGCCCUGGUGCUACAGCGAACCUUCCUACAGGCCUCCUACUAUGUCACCAUAGAGACCGGCAUCAACCUCCGUGGAGCCCUGCUGGCGAUGAUCUACAACAAGAUCCUGCGUCUGUCCACCUCCAACAUGUCCAUGGGAGAGAUGACCCUGGGCCAGAUCAACAACUUGGUUGCCAUAGAAACCAACCAGCUCAUGUGGUUCCUUUUCCUGUGCCCCAACCUCUGGGCCAUGCCAGUGCAGAUUGUGAUGGGUGUGAUCCUGCUGUACUAUCUUUUGGGGACCAGUGCUCUGAUUGGAGCUUCAGUCAUCGUGCUGCUGGCUCCAGUCCAGUACCUGAUCGCUACCAAGCUGGCUGACACCCAGAAGAGCACCCUGGACCACUCUACAGACCGUCUGAAGAAGACCACAGAGAUUCUGAAGGGGAUCAAGCUGCUGAAGCUGUACGCCUGGGAGAACAUCUUCUGUGACAGUGUAGAAGACACCAGGGGCAAGGAGCUCACCAGCCUCCGCACCUUCGCCCUCUACACCUCCAUGUCUAUUUUCAUGAAUACUGCUCUCCCCAUCGCUGCUGUGCUUGCGACUUUUGUCAGCCACGCCCUGAUCAACGAGACCCGGCCCAGCCCCUCGGAGGCCUUCGCUGCUCUGGCCCUCUUCCACAUCCUGGUUACCCCACUGUUCCUUCUCUCCACCGUGGUCCGCUUCGCAGUCAAGGCCAUGGUCAGCGUCCAGAAGCUGGGUGAGUUCCUGCAGAGCGAUGAGAUUGGCGAUGACAGCUGGAGGAACGGAGACAUGUCUGUGUCCCUAGAGGCCUGUAAGAAACACCCUGGGGCGACCAAAGCUAUAAACAGGAAGCAGCCCCUGCUCUACCAGAUGGAGAGCUAUGAGCAGCCAGCACGCAGGCCACUGCGGCCCAACGAGACUGAGGACGUGGCUGUCAAGGUGAACAGUGGAUUCUUCACGUGGGGAAGCAACUUGUCAACGUUGUCCGACAUCAACAUCUGCAUCCCAACAGGUCAGCUGACCAUGAUCGUGGGCCAGGUGGGUUGUGGGAAGUCGUCGCUGUUGCUGGCCAUGCUGGGAGAGAUGCAGACCCUCAGUGGAAAGGUCUACUGGAGCAAACUGCCUGUGAGUGAGAUGCUGCACGAGGCCAACAGUAAGAACAGGUACUCUGUGGGCUACGCUACCCAGAAGUCCUGGCUGCUGAAUGCCACUGUGGAGGAUAACAUCACGUUUGGCAGUCCCUUCAACAAACAGAG